UUCAAAAAGUUCUUAGGAUAUCUAGUAUUAUUUAGUGAUAUUUUAUUGGUAUUCUUACUGGUAGAUAUGUAUUCAAAUAACAAGAAACAGUUAAAAAGUGCUAUUUGCUUUGAAGAUAUGUGAGAGAGAGGUAUAUUCGACAAUAAAUUUUUCUAUAAAUAUUUAGUUUAUAUGAAAUAAUGAGCGACGACGAUUAUAAUACUCUUCGUCAAAAAAAUAUUGCUGAAAGAAAUGCUAUUUUUGCGGAGUUUUUCAAAGAUAUAAAUGAACUAAAAGCUGAAGAAAAGAAUUUACAAGAAGCAUAUAAAAAACAGGAGGAUAUUGAAAAUGAGCCACCUAGAAAAAAACAAAAAAUAAGUCAAAAUCAUGAGAAAGGCAAUGAUAAUAAUUUAAAAAUUAGAACACGAUUAACGAUACGUAAGCAAUAUAAUACUAGAAGUAAAGCUAGAUAUUCUGUAAGUGAUACAUCAAAUGAUUCUGAUAAUAAUGAAACUACUAAUGAAUGCAGAAGAAGCAAAAGAAAAAUAAAAGUUUUGUUUCCUUGGGCAAAACCUUUUCAAAGAAGUAUUGAUCUAAUGAAAAUGGGAAUAUGUGAUGUUGAUGAGGAAGAAGAAGAUGAUGAUGAUGAUGAGGAGGAGGAUUAUGAUAAUAAUCUAUUUGACAAAUCUAGUGGUAAUAAAAGAGGUUCCAAGAUAUCAAAAUCUUCAUAUGAUCCUAAUAAUAUACCAUCCGUCGAUAAGAUAACACAGGAAAUGUUAGAUAAUGUAGUAAAACGAAGUACACUAAAACAAUAUUGUAAAACAUACGGUACAUGUUGCCAUCAAUGUAGACAAAAAACUCUAGAUACAAAAACAGUUUGUAGAUCAGGAGAAUGUAUUGGUAUAAGAGGUCAAUUUUGUGGGCCUUGCUUACAGGGAAGAUAUGGAGAAAGUGCAGUUGAAGCAUUGCAAGAUCCUAAUUGGGCCUGUCCUCCUUGCAGAGGUUUGUGUAAUUGUAGUAUAUGUAGAACAAGAAAUGGUUUACGACCAACAGGAAUUUUAGCUCCUGUAGUACAAGAGGAAGGAUAUUCAUCAGUGAUGGAUUAUCUACAAUCAGUUGGAGAUGAUACAUAACUUGUUUUCAUAAAAUACAAAAGAACUAACAACAAUUGCAUAUUGUCUUGGUGAUAAAACAGGAUUGAACAAGCGUAAAAUAACAGAUUUUGAACACUGCUUACUGUUCUGUAGAUAUAUUAUUCUAUCUAAUAUAAUUGCUGCCUCCAGUACAGGACUUAUGUAUAUUCGUA